AUAUGGGGUAGGUUCCAAUAUGGGCGGUUGAUAGGCAUUUAAUUCAACCAUGCAACCUAACCCUGUUGAUAAAACAACGAACCACCAAAGGCAUUGAGCGUGACUGUUAUAUACUUUAUCCUUUCAACAAUUCAUCCAGUUUCUCAACAUCUUUCUUGCUCUCCUCCACCGUCGUUCAUGUCCAAACCCAACUAGUCCAUAAUCUCCGCCACCCGCCGCCGCCGCCACCACCAUGCAGCUGAAUCGUCUUUGCUUCGUACUACCGGAAGACUACAAAGAAAUGGAGCCGGUGGAUCACCAAAACCUCCACAAACCUACCAAGGAAGACAUAAAAAAAAAUCCACCACAUCGUCACUGCACGAGUCAUAUUCGUGGUCUCAUCAAGGAUUCACUAUGCAGGCUAUAUGAUUUGAUAUGGAUCAACUUCUGUCACCAUGACGCUACGCAACGGAAGCAACACUCGGGCGCGUUUCAAGACAUGGACGGGAUACAGCUCAAGGACAAGGUCGGAGGAGACAAUCCGAGGAUCUUUAGCUUUUCCGAGCUUUAUAUUGGCUCGAACGGGUUCAGCGAGGAUCAAGUUCUUGGAAGUGGAGGUUUCGGGAGAGUGUACAGAGCGGUUUUACCGAGUGAUGGAACUGUGGUUGCUGUGAAAUGCUUGGUGGAGAGAGGAGAGCAGUUUGAGAAGACUUUUGCGGCGGAGUUAUUGGCCGUGGCUCACCUCCGUCAUAGGAACCUUGUCCGGCUGAGAGGAUGGUGUGUUCAUGAAAACCAGCUGUUUUUGGUUUAUGACUUCAUGCCUAACCUUAGCCUCGAUCGCGUACUUUUCAGGAGACCUGAAAAUAUGCGGUCGGUCUCUCUCAGUUGGCAGCGUAGAGCGAACAUAGUCAGCGGGUUGGCAGCAGCGCUUUUCUAUCUUCACGAACAGUUGGAGACUCAGAUCAUUCAUAGGGAUGUUAAGACGAGUAACGUGAUGCUUGAUUCCCAUUACAAUGCUCGGCUUGGUGACUUUGGCUUGGCACGGUGGCUAGAACAUGAACUUGAGUCCCAAGCACGGACGCCGUCAAUGAAAAAUGUUCAGUUUCGGAUGGCAGAAACCACGAGAAUUGGUGGAACAAUUGGGUAUUUGCCGCCCGAAAGCUUCCAAAAAAGAAGCGUGGCUACUGCGAAAUCUGAUGUUUUCAGCUUUGGAAUUGUUGUGCUUGAGGUGGUGUCAGGUAGGCGGGCAGUAGACCUCGCUUGCUCAGAUGAUCAGAUCAUAUUGCUCGACUGGAUUCGAAGGCUAUCUGAUGAAGGGAAGCUUUUACAAGCAGGGGACAAUAGGAUUCCAGAUGAUUCUUACCAGCUUUCUGAUAUGGAGCAUUUGUUUCAUGUUGCUCUUCUUUGCACACUUCACAGCCCGCAAUCGCGACCAAACAUGAAAUGGGUUGUGGAUGCACUUUCCGGCAACAUUCAUGGCAAGUUGCCGGACCUCCCAUCGUUUCAGUGCCACCCUUUGUACAUCUCUUUAUCCUCUCCCUCGAGUGCUGGCACGAACAAUGGCAGCAGCGCCAACAGCAGGUACACAAUUGGCACCACCAACACAACCACAUCUACUACAUCAACUUAUGUCACAGCCAAUGCAGACACCAUCUUUGCAAGUGCUGAAAACGGAAGCAGUGAUGUCAGCUCUUCUCAAAGCUUCCGUCUGAAGAAAUCAACAUUUCCCAUGGUUGAAACUCCGCAAGAAAUAUCCUACAAGGAAAUUGUAUCUGCUACGAAUAAUUUCGCAGACUCUCAGCGGGUAGCGGAGCUGGACUUUGGAACAGCCUACCAGGGCUUUCUCAACAACCGCCAUCAUGUCCUUGUGAAGCGGCUUGGCAUGAAAACAUGCCCAGCACUGAGGGCGCGAUUUUCAGAUGAACUUCAGAACCUAGGAAGGCUCCGCCACCGAAACUUGGUACAGCUCCGUGGAUGGUGCACGGAACAAGGAGAGAUGCUUGUUGUCUACGAUUACUUGGCAGAUCGCCUUCUGAGUAACCUACUUUUCCAUCACGACAAUAGAUUCGUUAAUUGUAUCCUGCAAUGGCGUCACAGAUACAACAUUAUAAAAUCGCUUGCUUCCGCCAUUCUUUAUCUUCACGAGGAAUGGGACGAACAAGUGAUUCACAGAAAUAUUACCUCCUCGGCUGUUAUUCUUGAUCCAGACAUGAACCCGAGGCUGACUUCAUUUGCCCUUGCUGAAUUCUUGACACGAAAUGACCACGGGCAUCAUGCAAGUACCAACGCAACCAAAUCAGUUCGUGGAAUUUUCGGUUACAUGUCACCAGAAUAUAUGUUAUCUGGGGAAGCAACACCAAUGGCUGAUAUAUAUAGCUUCGGGGUGGUAAUGCUUGAGGUUGUUAGCGGACAGCUGGCAAUCGACUUCAGGCGGCCUGAGGUGCUACUGGUGAAGAGGGUUCAUGAAUUUGAGGUGCGCAGAAGACCAUUCGAGGAGCUGGCAGACAUCAGAUUGAAUGGAGCGUACAAUCACAAAGAACUGAUGAGACUGAUUAAGCUAGGAAUUGACUGUACACGCUCCAAUCCUCGAUCAAGACCAACCAUACGGCAGAUUGUAAGGAUACUUGAUGGUGAUGACAAAUGCUUCAUGCAAGAAGGGAAAAGGGCGGAAAUUGUCGAAGAUUGGAGACGAAUGAAUGGUUGUUCCUUGUCAUUGAUUAGGAGUAUCCAAGCUCUAGGAAUACAAUGAAAGUCACUCGGGCGGCUUAACAGAGUGAUGAAUAGAUAGUGUAUAAAGUUUUGUUAAUGGAAAAUUUGAUUUCUGUUUUUA